AUGGUAAGUGGUGGAGCUCGAACAGGGAAUGAAAGGAAUAUCAAUUCUGUUUUCAAGCGGACAGAGGUUAUCGGACGUGGAAAAUUUGGAGUUGUUUAUAAAGGCUACCAUGCGAAAACCAGGCAAGUUUACGCCAUUAAGGUGUUGAAUUUGGAUUCUGCGGAUGAUGAGGUGGAGGAUGUGCAGAAAGAGGUACAGUUUCUGGCGUCUUUGAAGCAAAUACCGAAUAUAACACACUAUUACGGUUCUUAUCUCAAUGAUACGAAACUUUGGGUUAUAAUGGAAUACUGUGCAGGCGGAUCUUUGCGAACGCUUCUUAGGCCUGGUAAAAUUGACGAGCAUUACAUAGGUGUCAUUGUACGUGAGGUACUGGUUGCGCUAUUGUACAUCCAUAAAGACAAUGUCAUUCACAGGGACAUUAAGGCCGCUAACGUGCUGAUUAUGAACGAUGGGCGCGUAAAACUGUGCGAUUUCGGGGUUGCUGCGCAACUUUCGCAGUCUAAACUGCGGAGACAAACAAUGGCUGGUACACCAUAUUGGAUGGCUCCCGAAGUCAUAAUGGAGGGCGUUUACUACGAUACGAAGGUGGACAUAUGGUCGCUUGGAAUAACUGCUUUUGAAAUCGCCACUGGGAACCCACCUUAUUGCGAUGUGGAGGCCCUGCGUGCAAUGCAACUCAUUACAAAAUCCAAACCUCCACGGCUUGAGGGCCGACAAUAUUCUAGCGCCUUAAAAGAAUUCAUUGCAUUGUGCCUUGAUGAGGACCCCAAAGAGCGUUUGCCAGCGGAAGCUCUUCUCAAGACGAAAUUUAUUCGCGGUUACAAAAAUCAUUCGGUUUCGAUAUUAAAAGAGCUUAUCAGCAGAUAUCUUCUGCAUAGAGACAAACAUACAUCAAGAGAAAAUAACGCCCCCACCAUGGAGGAAGAAGAGCAGCCCAGAAGCGAUUUUGCUGAUGGUGCUGUAGAUGAAGAUCACUUGGAGAUGAAAUGGGACUUUGACUCACUGAGUUCCAAUGAGUAUAUCAUCGACAAUGAAAUCAACAUAGAGUCAAUUCCGGAGGAUACUACUACAAACGAAAACUAUAAUUACGCGUAUCCAGACGACGACACGUUUUUGCAUUCCAACAAAAGACUUUUUCAAGGCACAACCACAGGGAAAUUCGGCAUCAACACAACAAAUUCAACGUUGCAUGGAGCUAACAACAAUUCAACUUUUCAGCAUUCAGUCACUUAUCAAAGUAAACAGACUUUAGGUACAACAACGAAAAAAUCAGAAACCAAGGCGUCAAAAGCAUUACAGCAGCUAUUCGAGGAGUCUGAUCCGUUCGCUGAGCCUAGGACAGAUUCCGAUUUUUUUCGUCUACAAAACCCCGGAACGACAGUUCAUAUUCCAGUUGUAGAUGAGAAGGAACUGAAGUCCGCUCCUCCUAUUGUGGAGCGCACAGGGCACGGAGAACUUAACAUAAGUGUGUUGCAUCAGACUCAAAGUACUCCAUCGCUUCCUCUUCUACAAACAAGUUUCAAAAAACCGAUCAAAAUGGGACCAGGUAGCGCCACAGCGUUGCCAACCCCCAUCGAAAUAGAGAUACCAGAAGAACUGCCUAGCCAUUCGGGUCCGAGCGCGACUACUCAAACCAAACCACGGUCUUCGACGGUGACUAUACCCAACAGUAAAUCUGCUUCUCAUCUCCAGAGACGGUUAACUGUUACAGGAAGUAGCGGAACGCGCCAAGGCGAUCCAAACAGUAGCAUUGCGGCCAAUACUAAGCCAACUACGGAAGAAGGUCUUCGAGUGCCGCACGCCAAGAGUGGCCAGAGAAAUGUUUCUCCGACCAAUCCUCUCUCCCAAGGAGCGCCAAGCGGAUCUCCAAAUAAAGGCCUUGGGUUCGCUUUGCCUGGCAACUCGACUGCUAAUCCCCCGUCUGUAAUGAAACCUGCAACAACCGAUAGGAACGAUGUUCUUUUGACGCCAUUGAAUGGCCAGGAUCAAGAAAGCGCGUCUCAGGCCACCAGGAUAAACCGGGACUUUCAUAGACAAAAUCCGAAUCUCAAGCUUCAGAUGCCGUCGCCAACUUCGGUGCUACCCAACAAGCUUCUCGAGGGCGUCUCUUCCUUGACGGCAAACCUCGAAGAUGCUAACAUAAAUCAGUUCGGAUUCAACACCAGCUCGACAGCGGUGCCUGUCGCCAUGACUCCCGUGGUAGAGGGCCCUUUCGAAACGUCGCGACGCAAUCAUAGUGUUAGCACGGCCAGCGGGAGCACAAAUGCGUCUGUAGACGGGCUCACAGCAGCCAUUCCUACCACUACAGGACAACCCACCACUGCAUCUCACUUUCAGACAAGCGUCAGCACGACGGCAGGUGGCUCUUCCGCAGCGCCACACGCAGUGGGUGUAAGCUACAUGGAGCAACCGCCCAAAACGCUACAAAUGGACAUGUUCUACGACUUUUCCGACGAGAUUGAUAAACCUGGCCGCGUUGAUCGCAAAUCUGUGGUUUUGAGAGAGCUGGACUCGCUGCUUAAAAUGGUCGACGAGGGAUUGCCUGUUUUAGAGAAUUCCCUGCGAGAAGUGCUGAAGAAGAUUGAAUCGUCUCCAGAAUGA